GGCUCAUGGACUUUAAUACGUGCCACUAGAAGAUAUAGAAGCAAAUAUAUUACUUUCUCCCAUUCUACUCUUAGUAACUAAGACUCCAAAAUGGCGGUAGGAAAAUUUUACUUUAUUUACGGUAUCACAAUGAAUAUAAUCAAAAUUCUAUGAAUAUACUUAGCACCAACUGGUCUAUAGUCAAAGUCCAGCUGGUUGUUCGCACACAAUCACGUGACACGUGCUAAAACUAGGGAGAACCACCCACGCAUUGAGGUUUUGUCAUUAUGGCCAGUGGUGAGGAAAAUGCUUUUGUUUCUUCUACUAAGGAGCUAAAAGUUUUGAGACGAAAUGCCAGCAAACUCCAAAGAACAAUCAGUGAUCACAGACUCUUGUCCAUGGAUCUUUAUUCAGCUGAACUGAUAUCUCUAACAACUCUUCAAAAAGUGAAUGUUCCUGUAACUACACCGGAUGCACAAAGCUACGAGAUUAUAAAUAAUUUAAUUCGAGCUGUGGUCGUUGAUCCUGACAACUUUCAUAAGCUCCUUCAAGUAUUAGAGGAUCAUCCCCCACUGCUGACUGCUGUUGCCAAAGAAAUGAAAGAAGAAUAUGAUUCCUGUGAGUUUGAAUGUACAUCACCUUUAAAGCAACCAGAAAUCAGCAACGACCAACAGAAAAAGAUAAUCACCAUUGAUGGUCGAACUAUACAAAGAGGCUAUGAUCGAAUGCGUGGGAAGUUAGCGGAAUUGGUGUUUGAUUUUCAGAAAGUAGUUGAAAAGUCAACCGUCAACAUUGAAGACCUGAAGCAAUAUGUCAUCCUUUAUCAUCCUGAUGAGCAGUAUAGAGAUGAACUAAGGAAAGCAAGAGAUAUUAAUGCAGUCUUUGCUGUAAUUCGUAGCAAAUUCUGCUCUCUCUUCAAUUAUACUGUCCUCCUACGAAUUGCCGAGAAAUUUAAUCUUCCUGAUGGAUUUGAAGUAAUACAAAGAUACGAAGCAGAGGAAGAGAAUUAUCGUAGGAUAUUGAGUAGCUCUGCUCUUGCUGAUGAGCUGCAGAAAGAAAAUGAAUUACUUCAUCAGAAUUUAUCUCAUACAAAGGCCAUCAUUCUUAGGUUACAAAGAUGGUCACGGCCGCCAGCACUGACAGUUGACGAGUUUCAUGAAGUUAUAAAAGAUAUUUUUGCUGACCUUGGGGACUUGCUUCACCUCCUUAAAGUUGAAGCUGGUUCAAUCAUCAUUACAAUGUGUGCUCCUGAGCGAGUGACAGGAACACUAAUAGCUCUGGCAAAGAGGAAAAUAGCAUAUCUUAAGGAUAUUGGAGUGACCUGGCUAACAAUUGGAAACACUUUAAUAAUCAAUGACAUUGAAGACACAGAAGAGUUAUCACAUGAUGUUAUGGAACAAGAAAUUGAAGACAAGCCCUCUUCCCCCAGUCCUAUUAAGGAAAAUAGCUCAGACAAUGUUAAUCAACUACCAAGUUCACCAAUUGGAGCAGUUACUGGAACAGUGUCUCAGUUAAGUCGUCCAACAGUACAAGCUGUAGCAGAUGAUGGAGGAGAUGAUACUGAUCAAGGAAUGGGAACUGAUUCAGCUACUCCAAUAUACACCCCAACAUGGCGUAAUUAUCCCUUCACACCAAGAGAAGUAAUGAUUAUUGGAUCCUUUGGUGAUCAUAAUAAUUGGCUGGAACAACAGUCUAUUGUAUCACCAAAAAUACUUACAAAAGAGUUAUCAGAUGAAUGGAGGAAAGAAGAAACCGAGAAGAUUGCAGAUUUGUAUAGCAAAAAUCCUGAAAAGUAUCACAUUAAAUCAGUCCAUUAUAAUAUACCAGGAGAAGAGCGUACUAAAGAAUAUUACAUAGAAGCAAUCAAGAAGUUUUUUAUUAAUUGUACACAGCCAGGAGCUAAUAUUGAUUACACUGGUCAUGGAGAGAAGGACACUGGUAACUGGUGCUUUAAAGAUGGAGUAAUAUCAUUCAAUGACAUCUUUGAAUUAUACAUAAACUAUUUUAAAGGAAAGUCAUUAUCAAUAACAUCAGAUUGCAGUUAUUCUGGUAACUGGAUCAAUGAAUGUGGCAAAAGGUUAGAUGAGAUGAAUGUUCCAUCAUGUGGACACCACACAAGACAGCAAGGGCUGUUGUUUAAGAUAAGUACCUCUUGUGAACCUAAUGAAGAAGCUACUGCAUUGUGUUAUGUUAAUGAAGCUAAUGCGUAUAGUGAAGCAGAUAAGACAGUGGUACUUUGGUAUGGUAAAACACUAACAUCAGGACAGAAGACAAUGCUUAAUGACUUUAGAGACAUUCGUUGUAGUAAACCAGCCAAUGAAUCCUGUGAAGCUGAUACUGAUUGUACUUGGAAUGAUUACCUUAGUAACAAGUAUCAUCUUGUUUAUAAAGUUUGUGGCAAAGACAAAGGAUAUGCAGCCUGGCAUUAUGUGUUAGUUGAUGAAGAGAAAUUUGUUGAUUUCAAAGCUCAAGUAGCUACUGGAAGCAUUGACCUUUCCAAAUAUGGUAAAAUAUUAGAGUCAGGAUGGGGUAAAGAUCCUCCUGAAGAUAUUGAAAGAAAGGUGAACCUUCGAUUUGGUAAAUUACUGAAGCCACUUUAGAUUACAGUAACAUGUGUACUAAAGGCUUGUACAAUAUCUGCUAAGUGCUAGCAAUUAUUAAUAUUAUAAGAAUUAUACAUCAUGUAGUGUUUUUUAGCUUUAACAUGUGACUUUUUAUAUGAGCGUACUAAUUUGAUCACAAUGAGUGUGUGUCAUCAUACUGUAUGAUCUAUGCUUGUAGCAUAAGACCACAUCAGACCAGCAGCAAUUGACAUGCAUUUAGAUUUUUGAAGAGAAUUUUAUUUUGCAUUA